AUGACCGGAGCAUCACAUCACUUGCCACAAAAUGUUUCAGAGCAUGCUUUGCAAGGUCAAAUUUAUCCUCCACUUUCAUUUCGUACGCCUAACUCCAAUUUACGAAUUUCCGAACAGAAAUUGCGUAGGCAACAACCUUCUGCUAGCUUUCAGCUUGGUCAACUUGGAGGAGCAGAACCAAGUCAAGGCCAAAAGGAAGGAACCAAAUCGUUGUUUGCAUUUGGAUCUGAAGCUUCAUCCUCUGGUGGACGCUUUACGUUUGGCUCCGGUGGAACAAACCAAGAAGGUGGUACAAAACCAGCUUUUAGUUUCGGGGAUUCAAAGCAAACACCUUCUUUAAACUCAGGAUUUCCAUUGUCCUUUGGCUCCGUAACGUCAGGGGGACUUGGAAGUGAACAACAGUCAAAGGCUACCAAAAGCACUGUUUCUUCUUUGCUUGAUCCAAAGCAUGGUAAUUCUAAACAUGACCACGAACGCCAAGAUCGCCGAGGAUUUACGCUUGGUGGAACAAACCAAGAAAGUGGUACAAAACCAGCUUUUAGCUUCGGGGAUUCAAAGAAAACACCGACUCUAACCUCAGGAUUUCCAUUGUCCUUUGGCUCCGUAACGUCAGGGGGACUUGGAAGUGAAUUACAGUCAAAGGCUACCAAAAGCACUGUUUCUUCUUUGCUUGAUCCAAAGCCUGAUAAUUCUAAAUAUGACCACGGACACCAAGACCGCCGAGGAUUUACGCUUGGUGGAACAAAUCAAGAAGGUGGGGGACUUGGAAGUGAACAACAGUCAAAGGCUACCAAAAGCACUGUUUCUUCUUUGCUUGAUCCAAAGCCUGGUAAUUCUAAAUAUGACCACGAAUGCCAAGAACGCCGAGGAUUUACGCUUGGUGGAACAAAUCAAGAAGGUAGUACAAAACCAGCUUUUAGUUUCGGGGAUUCAAAGCAAACACCGACUUUAAGCUCAGGAUUUCAAUUGUCCUUUGGCUCCGUAACGUCUGGGGGACUUGGAAGUGAACAACAGUCAAAGGCCACCAAAAACACUGUUUCUUCUUUGCUUGAACCAAAGCCUGGUAUUACAUUCGGGUUUGGUGCUUCGUCUUCUGAGGGAGUCUCCUCAUUCGGCUCUGAUGGAACCAGUCAAAGUGAUUCAAAACCAGUUUUCACUUUGGGCAGCCAGAACCCAAGCUCUGGAGUUGCAUUUAGUUAUGGUUCCUCCUUCCACUAA